GCAAGCUACCCUCCCUACAUAUUUUAAAGCUCCAUAAAAAAUUGAACACGAAUUUCACAAAUUUAUCUAAUUAUACUUACACUUUACCUGUUGGUAUUUUAUUCAUAUGAUAUUUUCACAAAAAUGUUCCAUUUUCAAUAAAGCCUGAAGGUUGGAUUCUUAGUUAGCAAAAAUAUAGGUUGUAAAAAAACAGAAAAAGGAAAAUAAAUACGUUGAUAUUAUUUUAUAAUUAUUAUUUUCAUAAAUUGGUUUGAUGUAGCAUAUACCCUCAUGAAAAAGCUGAUUAAAAAUGAAUUGAGAAAUAGAACAUUUAGGUGAAAUUAGACACACGGAAGUAUUUAUCUUCCUUAUCUACGCCUCGUAAAUUAGAUGAUGAAAAUUUGUGGAGAAUUUUGCCUAGAAAUCGCAAAAUAAAUUUCGAUUCGGAAUCUUAAAAGCCAAUAAAAACGACACGUUACAAUUUACAUCAACUUCACUCUGAGCGAAUGUAAGAUAAAAUGUCAUGCAAAUGAAGGUAGUAAAAGGGAAACUACCCAUGAUAACACACACACCUAAACCAAUAGCUUUCUCCUUGUCACGUCAACUAAUUACAAGUUACCCGAAUAACCAUUUGUAAAGCUUAACUAGGGCUACAGAACCGGGCAAUUUCAACUACUGAGCAUCAUAGUUAUAGUUAUCAUCAACAGUACAUGAGCUUAUCAUUCCACUUGGACCAAUGCCUAUAUUAUGGUAUAAAUUAUUCAGGCCAAGAAUUCAAUAUAUCGGCUAAUAAUAGCCUAGGUUCAAAUCACAGGUAUUCUGUCAUCCUAAGCAUUAAAUCAUCACAAGUAUUAAAUCAAUAUAAGUUUUAAAUCAUUUCCGGAAUUCGUUCAUCACAGGAAGCAAGCAUCACAUGUAUUAAACUAAUAAAUUCAAUAAAACAACUCGUGCAUUAAACGAACAACUAUUAAAUCAUCACAUCAUCACAGAAAUUACGUAAACACAGAGUAAAUAAUCUCAUUUAUUAAAACAUCAGUCGCCGCCAUGGAAGUUAUGGGCUCAAUGUUCCCGUCGAGCUCGAGCUCGUACGCUCAGGACCCCGGCCAAGCCAACCUACUCGCCCCCGCCAUGUAUCCUCCACACACACACAUGCUUCCAUACAACUCAUACUCUGCACAGCUCGCCGUACAACCUUCCUCUCCAUCUCCUGCUGUAUGGCAGGCUCCUUCCCCACACACAUCCCUUCCCCAUUCCUCCACUCCCUCUUCCAUGCCUCCCACGCCCGACAAUACCUACUCCUCCCACCUGGGCUUCAACGGGGCCCGGGACACCCCAUACCUGCAGGGCGUCUCCCCCUCGGCCGCGGGGCACCAGGUGCAGCCGCCCAUUAACGCAUACCAGGCCGCCUACGCCGCCCAAAUGGGCUGGAGGCACUACGAUAUGGGGCUACAGGGCAUCCCAGGCUACCCUGGCGGUGAUUUCAUCGGUGAGAGCCGCGAGUGCGUCAACUGUGGCGCGGUGCAGACGCCGCUGUGGCGUAGGGACCCUACAGGACAUUACCUCUGCAAUGCCUGCGGCCUCUACACCAAAAUUAACGGCAUGAACAGGCCCCUGAUGAAGCAUCCCUCGCGCAGAAUACACGAGAACUACGCGUUCCAGGCCUCGACACGUCGCCUGGGUCUGAUGUGCUCCAACUGUGGCACCACCACGACCACCCUCUGGCGGAGGAAUAACGAUGGAGAGCCGGUGUGCAACGCUUGCGGUCUUUACUUCAAACUCCACGGAGUAUGCCGCCCUCUUCAGAUGCGCAAAGACUCUAUUCAGAGUCGCAAACGCAAGCCCAAGAACAAGAAAAGUGAGGACGGAUCGGACGACAAAGAAAAGGACAAGAAAGUCACUGAUGAGAAACCACCGAAAGAAUCCAAUGAACGUCGACCAGACUCUCGCUCGAGUUCAAAGAACAUGCAAACAGCUCCGCAAGCUCAACCAUCUCAUUCAUCAAGUCAUUCACCUCAGCUUCACCAGCUGCAGCAGGUCCCAUCUUUAUCUCCUCACGAGCAACAGCAACAACACCACCAUCAUCACUUGCACCAGCUUCUUCCUCAACAUCACCACCAACAGCACCAGCAGCAGACAUUGUCUCAACAUCCAUUGCCACACCAGAGCCCAGUGCCAUCAAGCAGCUCCAAUAAUGGUGUACUUGUUCCUAACUGCGGUGCACCAUCCAACAACUCCAUGCCGUCUGGGUCAUCUUCCGGCUUGUCUGAAAUGAAAGUGAAGCAAGAGCCCGUAAUGGGAGGACAUUCCAAUGCAUUUGGAACUCUCUGCAGCUCAUCUCCAACACUCAUGACUCCUCCCAUGACUCCGGGGAUUUUGAAUGGUCCAAGUUCAGGAGCGUCUCACUCAAUGAUGAGUGGAUAUAACCUUCCUCAACCCAACCCAUGCUCCUACUCUAAACAUCUCCUAAGCUAGUGCGCUUUAGCUCGUGAAAUUCCCACUCGUUUUGUGAUACUUCAGACGACAUUCUUCGUUCUCUUGUAAAGCUGUUAUUGUUAAAAAUGAUCCUCGUGUGAGGCUUCCCUGUCUUGUUUUAUUCAGGCACAUGCGGCAGGGAACACAGAAUGUAGUAUUUUAAUGUCUAUACAAUGUCUCUAAUUUUAACAUUUGAAGGCAAGUCUUAGGGCGUUUUUGCAAAUACUUUUUGCUCUUCAGUCGGUUUUUUAAUCAUAUUUUACAAGAUGCAAUAGGAUUUUCGAACGAUCUUUACAACAAAAUGUUAGUUUCUUUAUUUCAACGUCAAUAAAUGGGAGCUAUAUUAGAAUUUUAAAUUAUAUUUGAAUAAGUAUAAGCACAAAGUUUCAUCUUCGUAAAAAAUAUAUAUACAUGCACGUAAACCAAGGGCUUUUAAACGCGAAUACUCUAUUUAAGGUAAUUUUGAUAUUACUACGUUUGAUUUCCUAAGAAAUUUUACAUUUUUUAUUUAUUAGUUGGAUACAAAUCGAGACAAUUAAUGAUAGCAAUCGUUUCUGAGCAAUCAAAUUAAGGCGUAAGUAAACCCUCUGCGAAUUCUCGUGUUCAAAACAACUAAGAAUUACUAAGAAUGUUACUAAGAAUAUUUUACUGGGUUUGACGUCUGAACUCAAUACAGUACAUCAUUAGAAUUCUCUGUCUUUAGUUCCGUCAGUAUUAGAAAUCUCUGUCGUCAGGUCCGUCCUUGAAACACCUAGCCUGCUAGUGGGGACUCUAAAACAUCACGAAAAUCAACUUAUAGUGUUGCUAGAUUCAUGUUAAAUCAUAUAUUUUAGAAAUAGAGAUCCAUUAACUCUUUGGCUCAUGGUUAAAAUUUGUGAAUGAACUCUGAAAUAUAUUGAAACUGGAGUUAAUCUAACCAUGAGUAAUAAUUAUUUCAUCAACAACAGUUCAUUAAUUUGCACCCUCACGGUUAUUUCAAAUUCAUGAAGCAUAACUUGCAACCCAAAUUUUCCCCUUUGUAAGUGUGAUCAGACGGAGCGCCAUAGUAUAUUUUGGUAUUAGUUCUAUGUUUGAAUGCGUGAUUUUAGAAUCAACUGGAAAUUAUUUAAUUUCAGUGACCACCAUCGCUUCACACGAUACUCCGUAGCUUGUACAGAUAUGAUAAACUACUAAAAUGUGUUAUAUUUAUAACUGAUAAUUUUUGUGGUAGUUGAUCUUGUUCGUUUGUUGUGUGAAAUGAAUACGGACGGGUGAAGUUACUCAGUAAUUCUUAGUCCCACACAUUCCGCUGCUAUAGACGAGACUGAAGUUUAUUUUUUUCCGCAAUUUAUCAAAACUGGGAUCAUACCGAAUUUUUCUUCGUUAGACAGAAUUCAAUAACUAAGGCGAUUCAGGGAGAAUUACAAGCAAUGUUUAAUAACCCUCGGUUCUCAAUUUUAAAUGGAAAUAAAUAUGGUUAUGCUUCUCGGCGUAAGCAACGUACGAAAUUGAGCCUACAGAAAUGCAACUGUCACCGGUGUCUUUCUAAAAAUAUUUAACCACUCAGUAAGAAACUUUCAACAUUCAUUGAAAACAAAUUUAAAAAUAUCAAUGUUAAAUACGGAGCUGGACGCGACUAUUCACUGCAACGUUGUUUGUAAAUAUUUGUACAGAUUUUUGUUAGGAUAUAUUUAACUAGAUCUCUUGAUGUAUCCAGAGUGUAAUUAGCAAUAAUAUUCUGUAUAAGCUCGUUCAUUUGUUGUUGUUGUCAAUGUUGAACUGUUUGCUGCAGCUGCCGAGAGAAGAAAAAUAAAACUUGUUUUUUCUUUUCACGGACAGGAAAAACUGCAAUGAAAGUUUGGCUUUCCCUUUUGGUGCUAAGUAAGAAUGCUCCAUUUAGAUAAAUUAAUGAGCUUUUGUCCAAAAAGUGAUGCAUAUUUUACCCUUACGUGGGUCCUCCUAUCUCAGUUUGGCCCAACAAAUGAGCACAUCAGUUCGACGUCAGCCCUCAGCUUAUGCUGAGAGUAAGAACGUGUUUCACUAUUUGAACAACAUGACCCACGAAUUUUUCUGAGUGUUGCGUGUAGCUUAUGAAUGAGACUUACUUGUGAAAUGAACUCGUACUUUGCUGAAAAUAAUUGAGUUGAUCGUCGUCCCUCGUUUGACGUAAUUAAAGGAUGUAUGGCGGGAUUAUCGGUGAUCCCAAUCAUUAUUAUUAAUUAUUAAUAAAUUAUACUAUUGUUCGUGAUUCAUGAGGUGACCAAAAUAAUAGCUUAUGGGCGAAAAAUGUAUAAUAAUAUUGUGAGGGAAACCGUUGAAAAAAGUGAAUAGCUGACGGUUCAGACUGGUAUUGUCCCCUUCAAGUAUUCACAUCGCGAAUAAAAUGUUUUACUUCCUUCACAGAUAAUAAAAUGAUUUUUCAUUUUAACACAAGUUUUCACUAUAUGGUGUAUCGUGAAUCCGAUGGGCCGCUAUAUAUAACAUACAUUAUAAUUUCAGGGUUUAUAAAUAAAAAAUUGAACAUCUUUCAAUCAAAAUUGAACGUGUAUGUGAAGGUUGCAUGCAAUGCUUAAUUAUUGAAUUAUUAUUGUAUAAUUGUAUUGGUCACCUUAUGAAUCAUUGUGUAUCAUAAUGUGUAGAUAGAUGUUAUUUCUGAACAUAUGUUGUAGUAGUAGAUUCCAGGGUAGGCAAUGUACGUAAACAUCUCAUGCGUGUCAUUGUAUUGCAUCGUACAAUACAAUGUUAGUUAAUUCAGCAUGUAUGUGUACCGAACAUGUGAAGUUAUAUUCAUUCCAAUGCUUGGAAAAUGAUUUAUGUGGUAAAACAACCGACUCUCUAACCUUUGUAAAACAAUCGAGCUCUCUAUUGUAGUAUGAAACUAUUUUCAGUGUUAAAUUGCUGAGAUUUACUCGUAUCGCAUUAUUAUUGUUCUCACUUGUUUCAACUGUUAGACGCAAUGAGUUUCACGCGCAAGUGUCUGGGUAAUAUUAUUUAUUUAUAAUACGGAGCAAAUGAGAUAUUUUUAUAUUUUCAUGAAAAAUUUAUUUCGAGUGUUAUAGUAACUUUUUGAUUUGGUAGUCUCCUUGAAGUAAUCCAUCGAUUCGAUAUAACAUCCAUCUUUAAAACUCAUGAGUCAACAACGUUCAAUUUAAGAACUUAGUAAAAGUUUCCAUUUGGCACGAAUUCAUCUAUCGUUCACAAUUUAUCAACUAUUGCGUUAUUGUUUCGUAAAGUUCAAUUAAUCUCUGCGAAACAUGUUUCCAAUGAACUAAUUACAUGAAUUUCUUGAUUAUGUAUUGGUUUUGCGAAAAUCAGUCAUUCGGGAUCUGAAUGAAUUAUUUAUAUAGAUAAAGGUCCCAUGACUCACCUUCAGCUUGGAAGUUUUCCUUAACGCAACAAAAUUCAAAUCGAGGCAAAAUUUUGUGUACAAGUCCGUUGUCUACGGCAAUAAAGUUUACUAUGCUUGUGGAACAAAUAAUUGGUGCUAUUUCUGAGACGCACUUCUGAAAAUUUCCGACCAUUGUUGUGUUAUUUGUUUGUAAAUGAAUUGAUAGAACUUAGCAUCUAUAGACGUUUCAGGAAUUAAAUAUGACGUUAUUUCGGACAUCAUUUCUCCAUAAAUUAAAAUGUUUUAAUACAUGCUGUUGACCUAGGACUAGAAUUGCAAGAGUGAUAAUAAUUUGUUUGCACCUUGAAGGAAGUUUCGGUUCAAAAAUGUCUCAUAUGAAGAAAGAUUAAAAAUUAAUAAGACUAUUUUCCUUUUAUAACAUACAUAAUUCGUCUCAUACUCAGAAAAUGAAAAAUAACCGUGAGAUUACGCUGAAUAUCAUUAUAUUGAUUUUGGAAAGGCUGAAUAAAAGGCCUGUGCGGUCGUCGUUGUGGUAAAAUAAGUUAAACCUUGGUGAACUUUAAUUCAGCAAAAUCAAUGUCCUUCUGACUCUAGAAAACAUUAUAAAUUUAAAUAAGAGGAAUUAUGGUAAAUGAAAUGCAUAAAAGCUGUGAAAACAAUAAAUCUCAAUUAAUUCUGCGCAUUUCAUUGAAACUGGCCUAGAAUUACCAGCUCAGUAAUUCUAUAAAUUUCUUUUAGAACUAAUCGUGUGACUUGGGGUCGCAUAUAUUGCACCUCGUAGUAUAUGUUUAUUUUUUUGCUAGAAUGCUGGAAUUAUUUGGGCAGUUUUUUGCGCAUUCGAUGUUUUCAACAUUGACUUUGUUGGAUAUAUUGUGUUAGCAGUUUCGUGUUAGCUAAAGCUAACACGAAAAUUUUGUGUUAGCUGUUUUGCAACAAAGUGUGAUCACUCGCAGGAAAAACCACGCAGAAUUAGAGAGGUAGAAACAGCAAUUAAAGUUGUUAUUACAUAGUAAUUAUUAAUAAAAUGUAAUGGAAAUUGUAAAGUGCAAUAAAUAUCGAAGUCGGUG